UUCAAUUUGAAUUUUGACCAAGGUUGAACUUAAAGGUCCGCACAUGAAUGGGCGCAAUUCCUUUAAGUUUGAGAGGAGACGCCCAUUCCGUCAGCAGUGGUGAAGAGGUACACCGCUGGACGUCGUCUUGAAAUCGCUUUUUGGAAGGGAAAAAAUUGGCGGACGCAUAGGUUAUUGACAAUUGUACAAUCUGCUGGUGCUUUUUGAAGUGGUGGCAAAAUUUCCCCAUUUUCUUAAGUGCUCCUGGUGGUGCACCACUGGAAGCGAAAUUGAGCAGCUGCCGCGAUCGAACGUAUCAAGACUGGGUCAAGAGUGUACUAGUACUACAAGUAGUAGUAUUAUAAGCUUACAGAAAACAUCUUUCAUGAGAAACUUUUUGGUUCCGCUUAAUAGAGGUGAAAGGGCGAAGAAGCGGAGCAUUGUUUAGCUGCCAAGGCUUUCACCAUGUUCGUCAACGCUGGACCCGCGGCAAUUCCGGACGUCCACUAUCCACCUGCUGAUCAGGACCUUCAGGGUGGAGCCUUUGAUGGCCCCAUUCGACGCCUGCACCUAAACGAAAGCUUCCUUCCUCCCUCUCCUAAGGUAGUGGAGGCGAUUCAGAAGGCCUGCAGUACAGUCAACCGCUAUCCAGACCCAAAGGCCAGGGGCAUCACGAAGGUUUUGGCCGAACGGCUCAGCUUCCCUGUGGGACAGAUUGUUGUCACAAAUGGCUCUGACCAGGGCAUAUCGAUCAUUGGGGAGCUGUUCCUGGGAGAAGGCCGGUCGGUUGUCCUCCCCGAGCCAUCAUUCCCCAGCUAUCUAAGGGCUGCAGAGACUGCAGGAGCAGAGACCCUGUUGAUUCCUCUGCGUGAGGACGGCGCCAACUCAGUGGAGGCCAUGAUUGAUGCCGUCACUGACUCCACGACUGCAGUCUUUGUCUCGUCUCCAAAUAAUCCAACAGGAGCGAUACUUCAGGAGCCCGAGGUUCGACUCCUGGCGGAACGCUUGCCCGACUCCGUCCUCCUGGUGUUGGACGAUGCGUACUGCGAAUUCGCCAAGCACUCGGGCGGGCCCGACAAUUUAGAAAUCCUUCGAAAGCACAGACGAGGGCCCUGGAUCGUGCUGCGCACGCUCUCGAAAGCGUACGGGAUCGCGGGCAUGCGCGUGGGGUACGUCCUGUGCAGCUCGCAAGCCCUGGCGGAGUCAUUCCGGAAAGUCACGCCCAUCUUUCCCGUGGGGCUGCUCAGCCAGGUGGCGGCAGAAGCCGCGCUUUCGGACCAGCCGUACAGCGACUGGCUCGUCCAAGAAACGGUCAAGCACCGGGAGGCGCUCGCCGAUAGCUUACGCUCGCUAGGGCUGCAUGUUCUUCCGACCGAAGCCAACUUCGUGGCAUUCAGGGUGGACAGAUUAGCGACAACCGUUAUAGCUGCGUUGGCAAAGAAGGGGAUCCUGAUUGGCGCCUGUCGAAGCUCUCUUGAGGUAUGGGACAAUUACCUUCGAGCGAGCGUAGGAUCGCCAGAAGAUACCCGUGCUUUCUUGGAGGCUCUGAAACAAGAGCUGAAUCUGUAGAUGUUCAACGGCCAAGUUCAUCAAACUGUGGAACGGUAGGCAUCGUGUUACCUGAUCAUGACCGUCCAUACAGAGCUACUUGUACGUGCAUACUAAAAACGGGUCACUCAAUAGCCGCAAUUUGAGUCGCCAUGAAAUAUCGAUGACAUACCUUACGUCCGAUCCAUAUCGAGGCUCCUAGAUGCAU